AUGGUCAACGUCAUCGGAGAACGCCGUCGAAUGUGGCUGACGGUUCGACGAAGACUUUAUCAUGAUGUUGAUGAAGAUUUUUCAAUGACACCGUGUGACCGUGACAAGCUAACUAACAGUAGUGCCAGAGUAGUACCAGAGUCAGGGACUGAGGGUUUGCUCUGGACCAGUGUACCAUACGUAGCAACCAACAACGUCAGUCAGAUAUAUUCCCAUGGCGUCAGCAUUUCACCCCAUUGGCUCAGGUUUGGAUCCGCCAUCGCGACUAUUGGAUACGCGCCAGGCGCCUUUCUCAAAUUUGCGUGUCGUUCACCAAUUACAAAUAUCCUCUUGGUUUGCCGCUGGCCGUGUGGUGGCUGGUGGCUGAAGAUAUCCACGGAGCACAAAGCAAAACAGAACGCCACAUCUGACGACUUCCACACCGAGGUUCCACUGAUGAACACACUGGCAUUUACUAAGGAUUCCGGGUCUGCAGAAAAAGCUAAUGGGAGUUCAUUGAUGCUUCAAGGUCCAUUCUCAAAACCGCCAAUAACGUCUCAGUUGAAUCUAUGGGCCUUGGAAGCUUGGAGCAACCUCGUCAAUGGUCAGAUAGGAAUUUCUCAAAAUUCAGGCAGCAUCUUCUCGCUGCAACGCGUGCGAGUGGUGCAGCCUCUCCAUCCCCACGAUGCGCCACCGGUUCCCACCUCAAAAAAAGCCGCGGCGGGACUUGUUGAAAUGCAUGACAAUUUUCCCCGAAGUUCCAGUUGGUUGAAAAUCAAGGAAACCGUUGUGCUGUUGCUCCUUGAUACGAGGCAGCAGAAACAAAAGGGCCCCUUGUUGCUCUCACCAGCCCUGGAUAUACUAAAAAUUUCUCCUUAUUCUGAUCGACCGUUGAGCUUACCAUCGGAUCUAGCUAUCUAG